UUUUUUUAAUCGAUUAAAUUACAAAUCAAAGCUACCAUCUCAAGGGAGAUCACUCUGGAAGAAUACAGAAAUGGCAUGAAAUACAUUUGUAAUAAAUAUUUUUGAUGAUUCCAUCACAUUUUCUGUGAUUAACUGCAGCGGAAGGUGGAGCCAUGUUUGUGUUGACUGAGAUGAAGGAUACUGUGCGUAUCCAGCCUUGGCUGUUCAAAGAUGAUGUCAAUGAUGCCAUUGUCAAUGUUCUCAACAAAAAGUUUGCAAAUAAGGUGGUUCACAAUGUAGGACUGUGUAUCGCUCUCUGGGAUAUCCAGCAACUAGAGGACAGCUUUCUUUUCCCUGGUGAUGGAGCACAUCAUACUGUCGUUUAUUUCCGGUUUGUGGUGUUCCGUCCUUUCAUUGAUGAGAUUCUGCUGGGGAAAAUCAAGUCCUGCAGCAAAGAUGGAGUUCAUGUAUCCAUGGGUUUCUUUGAUGACAUCAUCAUUCCACCAAAUGCUAUGCAAGACCCAACCAGAUUCGAUGAGCAGGAGCAGCUGUGGGCAUGGGAGUAUGCGAUGGAGGAUGGAAAACAUGACCUUUUCAUGGACAUUGGUGAGGAAAUCAGGUUCCGGGUGUCUGAUGAAGCAUUCACUGACACAACGCCGGUUGGACCCGAUCAAGCGAGUCAAGACUCCGAGAAAGGGGAGGCUGAAGUGAAGAAAUCACCAUAUACCGUUACAGCCUCCGUUAGUGAGCCAGGUCUAGGCCUCCUGUCCUGGUGGAAUUCCUGACACUCACUGGAUGGGCCUCACAGCUCAUGUUUUCUGUUUUAUUGUUGUUUCAUAAUAAAAUAAUUCUCUGUCAGAAGAA